UUCAGCAGUUCAGAAUCGAACGCGAGCGAGCCGAGUCGCAAUUCGCCGCCGCGCAGCGCGUGCUGUUUUUUUUCAGUGUGUACGUUUUGAUUGCAAGAAGAAAUAAGCAGAGGAAAACGCUGAAAACAUUUCUCAUCUGCGGCCUGGAAAAGCGCCCCGAAGAAAAUGAAUAGAUAAAUUGUGUUAAUCGCCCCAUCGAGCCAGCAGAUAUUCACUGUAUAUUUAUAUUUUGUUGUUGUGCGUACGAUUUCUGUUGCGUUUGGGCAUUACUCUUUUGUUGUUAAUUGUGCAGCUGCCCGCCUGCGAAUGAUAAAAAUGUCAUAGACGACGCCUCGCCCCGCACCCAAGCACCCCGAAAGUGUCGGACGACAGCGUCGCCUCCACGUCAUCCAGCCAUGACCAGCGGCAAUCGAUGAUUGCCAUUCCCUCAGCCAACGAGAGCCAAUAGAGGCAGCCGGAAAGGAGCGGAUCCGUCGGAAGAGCCCGCCACUCGCCACUCGCCAUUCGAACGAACCCAUCAACAGCCGCAGGAGGGGCCUUCGCUUCCCUGCUUCAACUGCCCUUUGAAAGCCAAGGACUAAAGUCACACGGUCACGGGUCAACAUGCUGAUCAAGGAGUACCGCAUUCCACUGCCCCUCACCGUGGAGGAGUACCGCAUCGCCCAGCUCUACAUGAUAGCGAAAAAGAGUCGCGAGGAGAGUCAUGGCGAGGGCAGUGGGGUUGAGAUUAUCAUCAAUGAGCCCUAUAAGGACGGUCCCGGGGGAAAUGGUCAGUACACGAAGAAGAUCUACCAUGUGGGCAAUCAUCUGCCAGGCUGGAUCAAGAGUCUUUUGCCCAAGAGCGCUUUAACCGUGGAGGAGGAGGCCUGGAAUGCCUAUCCCUAUACCAGGACUCGCUACACCUGCCCAUUUGUGGAGAAGUUCUCGCUGGACAUUGAGACAUACUAUUACCCGGAUAAUGGCUACCAGGAUAAUGUCUUUCAGUUGUCCGGAAGCGAUCUGCGUAACCGCAUCGUGGAUGUAAUUGACAUUGUGAAGGACCAGCUGUGGGGCGGCGAUUAUGUCAAGGAGGAGGAUCCCAAGCACUUCGUGUCGGACAAGACGGGCCGCGGACCUCUGGGCGAGGACUGGCUGGAGGAGUACUGGCGCGAGGUGAAGGGCAAGAAGCAGCCGACGCCCCGCAACAUGUCCCUGAUGACCGCCUACAAGAUCUGCCGCGUGGAGUUCCGCUACUGGGGCAUGCAGACGAAGCUGGAAAAGUUCAUCCACGACGUGGCGCUGCGCAAGAUGAUGCUGCGCGCCCAUCGGCAGGCGUGGGCGUGGCAGGACGAGUGGUUCGGCCUGACCAUCGAGGAUAUCCGCGAGCUGGAGCGCCAGACCCAACUGGCCCUGGCCAAGAAAAUGGGCGGUGGCGAGGAGUGCAGCGACGAUAGCACUUCGGAACCCUAUGUGAGCACGGCGGUCACCGCCGCCUCCACAACGGGCAGCGAACGGAAGAAAUCCGCUCCGGCCGUGCCGCCCAUCGUAACCCAACAGCCGCCCAGCGCGGAGGCCAGUUCGGAUGAGGAGGAGGGCGAGGAGGAGGACGACGACGAGGACGAGAACGAUGCCAUUGGCACGGGCGUCGAUCUGUCCGCCAAUCAAGGUGGAUCCGCCCAAAGGUCCCGAUCCCAGAGCAUCCAGAUGGCGCAGAAGGGCAAAUUCGGGUCCAAGGGGGCCCUCCAUUCGCCCGUGGGAUCUGCCCACAGCUUUGAUCUCCAGUCCAAAAAGCCGCAUGCAAAGACAGCGCCACGCAGACAUGUGGCAAACUGGCGCAUGGAGCGAUUGGAAGUGGACUCCAAAUCCAAUUCGGAUGAAGAAUUCUUCGACUGUUUGGACACCAAUGAGACGAACUCGCUGGCCAAGUGGAGCUCCCUGGAGCUGCUGGGCGAGGGCGACGACAGUCCGCCGCCGCAUGGCGGACCCUCCAGCGCUGCCUCCGUGGGCGGACGAGGCAGCUCGCGGCAGGAGGACAGCAUCUUCAACCAGGACUUCCUGAUGCGCGUGGCCUCGGAGCGUGGGAACAAGCGGCAAUUGCGCUCCUCGGCCAGCGUGGAUCGCAGCCACGACUCGUCGCCGCCGGGCUCGCCGAGCACACCGUCAUGCCCCACAACCAUCCUGAUCCUGGUGGUCCAUGCGGGCAGUGUUUUGGAUGCGGCCAGCGAGCUGACGGCCAAGAAAUCGGAUGUCACCACCUUUCGCGGCUCCUUCGAGGCGGUGAUGCGUCAGCACUACCCGAGCCUGCUCACCCAUGUGACCAUCAAGAUGGUGCCGUGUCCCUCGAUCUGCACCGACGCCCUGGGCAUCCUCUCCAGCCUGAGUCCGUACUCCUUCGAUGCCUCCCCCUCGGCGGCGGAUAUACCGAAUAUAGCCGACGUUCCGAUCGGUGCGAUACCUCUCCUCUCAGUUGCUUCGCCGGAAUUCCAUGAGACGGUCAACAAGACGGUGGCCGCUGCGAAUAUAGUGUACCACGAAUUCUUGAAGUCGGAGGAGGGCCACGGAUUCUCCGGACAGAUUGUGAUGCUGGGCGAUUCGAUGGGCUCGCUGCUGGCCUACGAGGCGCUCUGCCGAUCGAAUGGCAGCCAGCCGGGCACAGCCUCGAAUUCCGGCGGAGAUGCGGCGGCCAGCAAUGUGAAUACCCACAAUCCGCUGGGCGCUCGCCAUUCGCGUUUGGACGACGACGAGCGGUUCAUCGAGGCCGAUCUGGAUGCCAAGCGGCUGCUGGUGGCCCCGUCGCCGCGUCGUCGCCGUUCCAGCUCCUCGAGCGACUCGCGGGCCAGCAAACUGGACUUUGAGGUCUGCGACUUCUUCAUGUUCGGCUCGCCGCUGUCGGUGGUGCUGGCGGCGCGGAAACUGCACGAUGCCAAGGCCGCUCUGGCCCGGCCGAACUGCCAUCAGGUGUACAAUCUGUUCCAUCCAACCGAUCCGAUUGCCUCGCGUCUGGAGCCGCUGCUCAGCGCGAGAUUCUCCAUUUUGGCGCCGGUUAAUGUGCCCCGGUAUGCCAAGUAUCCGCUGGGAAAUGGUCAGCCAUUGCAUUUAUUGGAGGUGAUUCAGUCGCAUCCGCAGCACUUUAACGAUGGCAACAACCUGUUGGCCGGAAGACGACUCUCGGAUGCCUCGAUGCAGAGCACGAUAUCGGGUCUGAUUGAGAAUGUCUCGCUUAGUACGAUCCAUGCCCUUCAAAACAAAUGGUGGGGCACCAAGCGCUUGGACUACGCCCUCUAUUGCCCCGAGGGACUGAGCAACUUUCCGGCCCACGCCUUGCCGCAUCUCUUCCACGCCAGCUACUGGGAGAGCCCGGAUGUGAUUGCGUUCAUCCUGCGGCAGAUUGGCAAAUUCGAGGGCAUACCCUUUGUGGGCUCCAAUGACGACAAGGACAACGCCUCCUUUCACCCAGGACAGCCGCGCGAGAAGUGGAUCAAGAAGCGCACCUCGGUGAAGCUGAAAAAUGUUGCGGCCAAUCAUCGGGCCAACGAUGUGAUCGUCCAGGAGGGCAGGGAGCAGCGGCUGAAUGCCCGCUUCAUGUACGGACCCCUCGACAUGAUCACGCUGCACGGCGAGAAGGUGGAUGUGCACAUCAUGAAGGAUCCGCCGGCGGGCGAAUGGACAUUCCUCAGCACCGAGGUGACGGACAAGAACGGUCGCAUCUCGUACAGCAUUCCGGAUCAGUUGUCCCUCGGCUAUGGCAUCUAUCCGGUCAAGAUGGUCGUCCGCGGCGAUCACACCUCGGUGGAUUGCUACAUGGCGGUGGUGCCGCCUUUGACCGAGUGCGUGGUCUUCAGCAUCGAUGGCUCCUUCACCGCCUCGAUGUCGGUGACGGGCAGGGAUCCCAAAGUUCGGGCCGGCGCCGUCGACGUCUGCCGGCACUGGCAGGAGCUGGGCUACCUGCUGAUCUACAUCACCGGACGACCCGACAUGCAGCAGCAGCGCGUCGUCUCCUGGCUGAGCCAGCACAACUUCCCCCACGGCCUCAUCUCGUUCGCCGACGGCCUGUCCACCGAUCCGCUGGGCCACAAGACGGCCUAUCUCAACAACCUGGUGCAGAACCACGGAAUCUCAAUCACCGCCGCCUACGGCAGCAGCAAGGACAUCAGUGUCUACACGAAUGUGGGCAUGCGAACCGAUCAGAUCUUCAUCGUGGGCAAGGUCGGCAAGAAACUGCAGUCCAAUGCCACUGUGCUGAGCGAUGGCUACGCCGCCCACUUGGCCGGUUUGCAGGCGGUGGGUGGUUCGCGUCCAGCCAAGGGCAAUGCCCGCAUGGUCAUCCCCCGCGGAUGCUUCAAUCUUCCCGGCCAGACGGCGAAUCCGCGACGCAGAAGCAACGCUUUCGAGCUGCAAUUGGCCAACAUCAGUCCCUGCAGCAGCAACAUCAACAGUCCCGGCAGCAGCAACCACAUCCUACUGGCCCAGCUGAUUGAGAAUGCCAUUGAAAAGGACACCCCAGCUGCCUAGGAGAACUAGAUGAAGAUGCUUACAUAUUUCUUGUUUUGAUUUUAAGUUAAUAGUCUCAUCCAUCCUCUCAAAACUAGUCCGCCACGAAUCGUAUUGUAUUGUAUUUUAUUCUAUUUUAAAGUCUUAAGUUUCCUAAGUUUCACGUAGAACAAAUGCCGUAUUAUUUAUGAUAUAAGUUAUUACUAUUAUGAUUAUUAUUAUUAUUGUAAUUAUUACCGCCUUUAUGUACUAUCCUUAUUUGUAUUUGUAUGAUAUUAUUUUGAUUGCGAACAAAAGCCAAAAUGCAACAAAACAUAAGAAAUACGUACGCCAGUAUGUAGUACCAAAUAAACAAAAGCAGUACAGUAAAUGGGCCUGUUGAAAAUAUAUAUAUCUUA